AUGCUCCCAAGCACGUCACUGGCACUUGCGUGCCUUUCUGGACGCCGACUCUACACCUUCGCGGCGCCUACAUCAGAUUCACCCGCUGCCUAUAGCUCAGAAGGAGCUCCAUCAUCACAGUGGCCUGUCGACUACAGCACGUCUCUGACCCACUGGGACACCAAGAUCGCGAACCAGACAUCGAAUGUGCAGAAGAUCUACCCUGGCUAUGGGCUCGAUGCACCUCGCGUGGCGCCAAUCAACGGCACUGUAUCAGACUGGUGGUACUUCCAUGCGUUCUCUCUCAAUGGCGAUGGUGAUGUUUCCAGCGUGAACUUCAACUUCUACACCACAUCACCAGGUGGCUACCCACUGCUCCAGAACAAAUCUACCAUCCUGGACCUAGAGAUCUUCGGUAGCUUCCCGAACGGCACAAACUACUGGGCGAACGAAUAUCCCCAGACAGCAUCAGUCAUGACUGCAGGUAGCAGCUCGAAUGGCAAGUGGGGACCGUACGGCAGCUGGGAGAGUAGUCCCGAUGGGAAGUACUGGCAGCUUGACUUUGACAUGCCUACUUCUGAGCUUGUUGGAACAGUCAAGAUCCACUCGAAUGGUGCACCACCUCACAUUGCUUGUGGCCCGGCGGUAGAAGGCGGCGAGCAAGAGUUCCACCCUCACCUGUGGUGGUCAAACGCCCUCGCAGACGGUAACGCCGAGGUCGACCUGACAUACAAGGGCGAAAGCCUUAGCUUCUAUGGCAUUGGCUACCACGACAAGACAUGGGAAGACCAAAACUUCUACCAAUCAGUCGGAAACUGGUACUGGGCCCAAGGCCGUGUCGGUCCCUACUCCUUCGUCUUCUACGACUCCCGCGACCGCAACGGCGGCGAGCACUUCCUCUCCUACAUCGCCAAGGACGGCGAGAUCAUCACCAGCACAUGUGCCGAGAACUCGGUCAUCGCACGUCCAUGGGGUAACGAUAUUACCUACCCACCUACCAUGCAGAGUGGUGCUCCGCUUGGCUUGACUGUGGAUUUUGAUGUCGAGGGCAAGAACUUCCACGUCAACUUCACCAGCUACGGCAUCGUUACCGAGAACCCAGCAUACACGAGAUGGCUCGCUACUACUGAGGGAGGUUUUGAGGGCGAGGAACAGUACAACGGUACCACUGUGUGGGAAGUGGUCAAGCUCCAGUAA